AAUUUCUGCCGACCAGCUAUUUCUCGCAGGGCAAGAUCCCGCCCCGCCAUUUCGCGUCGGCCGAGAGCUCUCGAAAGCCAGCGGGAUGAUCGGGCCAUCAUCAGGAACAGCUGGCGACGUGACGGAGGGCCAGUGCCAAGCGAUGCCAUCCAAGCGUAAGGUCUUCGACGACCUGGACAUCGACAGUUUCUGCGAGGAAGUCUGCCAGACGAGUCGCAAGCGUUACCUUCAAGAGUUGGAGACGCCGGUGGAGUUCGUGGCGUCCAACGAGAUUAUCGCCAACACGGCUCUGUUCUCGCCGAUGUCCGCGCAAGAAGCCGUCGAGGAAUCGCCAGUGGCGCGUCUGGAGGUGCUGCUGGUGAACGGUACCAACUGUACCUGGACGACCGUGUCCGAGUUGGAGCAGCAGCAGCAGCAUCUGGAGCUCCUCACGUCCUCGUCCUCCACGUUGUCGACUUCCGUUUCCUCGUUGGCCUCCACCUGUGCCGAGCGGAACCAGCAGCAUGCGAUCCAGGACGCCUUUAUUGUCGAGCAGACGCGUUAUCAGCCGACGGUGAAUUACUGGGAACCGGUCGCCGAGCCGUCGGUCGUUGCUUCGGCCAUUCAACAGAACAAAGACACGGCGUCCAGCCAUCAUAAUCAUCAGCAACAGCAGCAGCAGUUUGAGGACCAAGAGAACGGGAACCUGUCGUGGUUGUUGGACUUCAAGUUGGACUCCUUCAUCGAUGCCGCUGACGACAGGUCGACAUCCGUGGCAUCCGUGACGACGAAGGACAAUCACUGUGGCAAUAAGAGCAAACCGAACGGCCGGUCGCAUGGCUCCAACUAUACCGGCGACGUCCGAAGAGGACAGAGUAAUCACGAGAGCUUGUCGGCCUAUCGGCAGGACUCGAAUCAAACGGCUUAUCCCGCCAACGGGAUCGACAAUCGGAAUCUAUCGUCUUCGCGAUCCAACGGGCUGAAGAAGCCGCCCUUCACUUACACCGAACUGAUAGAGCACGCUCUUCAGGAGAGAGGCGAGCUCACCGUCUCCGCCAUUUACCAGUGGAUUUCUGAACAUUUCCCCUAUUACAAGAGUAAUGACGAUCGCUGGAAGAAUUCCGUGCGACACAAUCUCUCGAUAAAUCCGCAUUUCCGUAAAGGAUCGAAAGCAUCGCACGGAGCCGGUCACCUGUGGGCGAUCGCGAAUCGCAACGACUGCGACCUUCGUCCGCACGCCAUUAACGGUUUAACCACGAUUCCCACGCGACAGGCUACGAUACAAGACGGCAAUGAAUCCGGAAGAAACGAGAAUAUCGUCAGCGAAAUCAUCGCGAUGGACGAGGUGGAGGCCGCGACGGCGAGCAUCACACAACAGAAUUCCGAGGAGGAGACCGAUAGUAUUCUGAAUUCCGUGACACUCGAGCAUUCCGCCGAGCAGAUACUCAACGGUAUAAAGCGCGAGGUGGAAGUGCAAUAUCUGGUUCCCAUGAUGGUGGCCAACAAUGAUCACGAUGCGAAUAAUCAGCAGAGCCAGCAAACGGAACUUCAGUGUCCCUUCAAGGAAAGCGACUUUCUGAACCCGGUGUCCAAGGAAGUAGUCGCCGAGGAGUGUGGGCUCAUCAGCGAAGGCUAUCUAGUCGCAGAUCUGAACACGAACGCCUUGGGAUUGGUCGAUCCCGAAGUCGUAGUGCCCGAGAAUCUCUUCGGCGAGGAGCUGAGCUUUCAGUUUUACGAAUUAACGUCGCCGUCCCAGCUGCAAUCGGCCUGACACACGGAGGGCAACCGAGUGCGCUUCAUUGUGAUCGACGAGCUGCAAAUGCAGAACGCUCGGCCACGUGUUGACAACGCCAAUGAGAACGAUGAACUGGUUCACACCGCUGAAGAAGUCGAGAAGAACACUUCAGGGCACGGAGGCUCACGGAGGUCCGUCGUGUCGUCCAUCGACGGCAAUCAGGACAACGGGACGUCGACGACGAAGAGCUGAUCUUGCUCGAAUCGUUCCGUCAGAAGGUUUUUGCGAUGACACACCGUUCGAGGAUGUUCGAUCAUUUUAGUCGACGCGGCUGCUAGAGUAGCUAUACGAGUUUUACCGAUAAGCUUAUGGAUACCGAAGUCAAACACGUGCAAGUCUAACAAGGAAGUCAUGUCUCCGGAAUGGCAGAAUAAGUUGCAUACGCGACCCAGUUCCACGGUUCACAGCGACGGCGGGUGGAUCCCGCAAAGAACUCGACAACAAACAUCAUAACUGCAUAAUCGUCCAAUCGUGUGCCUGAUUACGUGUCUUAAUGAGAGCGCCAUUCGUCUCGACGAUGCAUUAGAAUAAUUUCUUCUAGUCCUUUCGAAAACGCAGUGUGUAAUGUUUUUUGUAUUAGUAAAGAAGACAUGAUAUUUACUAUCACGUGUGUACACUGUCCCUGACACCUGCAUCGCGCUCGUGCAAUGUUUAGAGAACACAACGAUUGUGCAACCGUGGAGUAUUAAUCAUCUAUGAUCGAUGUACACUUCUCGAUCUGCCAGUUACAUCCAUCUUCUGAAAGCUGUUCAUUCAACUGUUGUGUUCGCUGAACGCGGCCAAUGUUUGCAUUCAGCAGAAAAAAAAAGCUUGGUUAGCGCUUUGUCACUUGUAUUGUUUCUGAAUCGUACAUUCUUUCAAAUCUACGGAAAAUCUAAGGGAAUAUUCAAAUCAUGGACAAUAAUUACUUGGUAAGCUGCCUUUUUUUUGCCGAACGCAGGAAAUGUGAGGAUACUUGGAAAGUUUCUGUUGCGAAGAAAGAGAGACUCCCGCAAUGACGAAGACAAAGGGGGAGAAUCUGGAUAUUUCUUGAGCAUAGUCGGUUUCACGAGUCGUCUCGUGAUUGCUAAUUGC